GUCAAAACAACCAGUCCCAUGGAAAAACAAAACCCUUCUGAUCAUCAAAUUGGUGCUUUUUCUGUAUCAAUAUUCAAUAUUAAGUUGUUGAAUUGAUCAGAAACAGGUGGUCACCAAUCAUGGCACUGGUUGUAUACUGGUAUGAUUUCAUCUGUUUCGGUAUAGUUGGUACUGCCUUGUUUGGUGCCCUUUACGUGCUAUGGAGGAGGGAAGGGGCCGGACAAUGCCAAGACAAGAAGACCAUGUAUGAGAGCCUAUUAGUUGGCCGGCCGGACAGUGAAUUUUAUGCAGGAGUGUCGACUCCGAGGGGCCAUGUGAGCUCCUCCCAGUUAUGGAGCAGUUGUUGGCGAGGGCUGCACCCUGGCUACCUCCUGGGUAUACGUUUCGUCUCCUUCUCAGUCCUCUGUGGAUUCUCAGCCUGGGACAUUCUUGACUAUGAUGCAUCUGUUUUUGUGUACUACACCGAAUGGACUUUUACACUAGUUAUUGUCUAUUUUGCGAUCGGGACCAUUGUGUCUGCAUAUGGAUGUUUUUUGUACUACUCAAACAAACUUCCUUCUGAUAAUGGGGAAAGGGGAGAAUUUGUAAAGAGGGACGUGGAAGAGAGUAUAUCAACAUAUACUGUCACCUCCAAGGCGAAAGGUAGUAUGGGCACCAUCAAGUUGCAAAGCCACUAUGACCAAGAGGCAAUCCAAGAAAGAGCGGGUUUUUGGGGAUACCUUAUGCAAAUUUUGUAUCAGACUUGUGCAGGUGCUAUUGUCCUGACAGACAUUGUGUUUUGGGUUAUUAUUGUCCCAUUUCUAUCAAUUGCACAUCUUAAAGUGAACUUGUUGAUGGGAUGCUUGCAUACACUAAAUGCUGUUUUUCUUCUUCUUGAUACCUCUGUCAAUAGCCUUCCCUUUCCUUGGUUCCGGGUUUCAUAUUUUGUGCUGUGGACCUGCUGCUAUGUGAUUUUCCAGUGGGUUAUUCAUGCCAUGGGUUUUUCAUGGUGGCCGUACCCUUUUCUGGAGCUUUCAACACCACGGGCACCACUAUGGUAUUGUUCCUUGGCUGUGAUGCACAUCCCCUGUUAUGGACUAUAUUCAUUACUUGUAAAAGCGAAAAAUUCAAUUUUUCCUAUCUUGUUCCCUCAUGCAUUUGUGAGGUGUUAGUUUCUUGUCAUCGAUCUUUGGAUGGCAAUUGUAGGUUGUUUAGUUGAAGGGGGUUAUCUGAUUGUCUAUUCUUGUAUCACACACACAUAUACAAGUCUGGUAUAUCGAAACUUAUUAACGUUGAGGAUUAAUUUUGUUAUAUAAUUGAUACAGUAAUUAUGUUGGUCA